AUGUAUCGUUUAGUUCCAAAGUGCGGUCUCAAUUUCAAAGCAACGGCUCAAAAGCCAAUUGAAUAUAAUUAUGGUCCACGAUCUGUCGCCAUCAGCGAUUUCGAUAAUGACUCCGUUUUGGAUAUGGUUAUUGCCAAUCAUAUAGCCAAUAACAUAGCGGUGUAUUUGGGAAAUGGUGACGGCAGUUUUCGAAAUCCAAUCAUAUAUUCAACAGGUUCCUACUCUAGCCCAUACAUGGUCACAGUUGCUGAUUUCAACAAUGACAACAGAUUGGAUAUUGCAGUAGCGAAUUUCGGCACUAACAAUAUCGCGAUCUUUCAUGGAUUUGGGAAUGGAUCUUUUGCAAGUCAAAUAGAACUUUCAACAGGUCCAUCUCGUCCGAUAGCAAUUAUUGCCGUUGAUUUCAACAAUGACUCACUACUUGCUAUUGCCACUGCGAAUUACGGAACUCACAGUGUUAGUAUAUUCUAUGGAUAUGACCAUGAAAAUUUUUCGCCUCCAAUUACGUAUUCAGCAGGUUAUGAUUCUUUUCCAUCCUCAUUAGCUGCUGGAGAUUUCAAUAAUGACAACUAUUUAGAUCUCGCCAUCGCCAAUUAUGGAACGAAUAAUGUUGGCGUACUUUUUGGAAAUAGUAACAGAACUUUUGAAAACCAAAUCACGUUUUCAACUGGACUUGGUUCCCAUCCAUACUCAAUUGCGGUCGGCCAUUUCCAUACCGACAAUUUCCUGGAUAUCCUUAUCGCGAAUUCCGGAACUCGCGAAAUAGGUUUACUAUUAAACAGCGGCAAUGGAACUUUCGCUAAUCAAGUCAUCUAUUCCAAUGGUUCUGCUUCUCCAUAUGCGAUUGCCGUCGUCGACUUCAAUCAAUAUAAUCAAUUAGACAUCGUCAUCACUAAUAAUGGCAUUGAAAAUAUAGGUGUACUUGUUGAAUAUGAAAACGGCCAUUUUGAAAAUCGAAUUAUGUAUUCAACUGGAUCUACUUCUUCGAUUUCUGUCGCCAUUGGUGAUCUAAAUAAGGACCAUCGAUUAGAUAUUGUCGUUGUAAACAAUGAUACUGGUUCCAUAGAGAUUCUCGUUGGGUGUUACGAGGGCUUUCAAACUCAAACAAGAUAUUCAGCUGGCACUUGGCCACACUCUGUAGUUGUUGGUGAUUUUAACAAUGACACUCGACUAGAUAUCGUUGUCGCCAAUUAUGAUAGCAAUGAUGUGAGUGUCCUUCUGGGAAAUGGAAAUGGUUCUUUUGAAAAUCAAACAAGGUAUUCAGCUGGCUCUUCUCCACAAUCUGUCGUUGUUGGUGAUUUCAACAACGAUACUCGACUCGAUAUCGUUGUCACCAAUGGGAAUAGCAAUGAUGUGAGUGUCCUUCUUGGAAAUGGAAAUGGUUCUUUUGAAAAUCAAACAAGGUAUUCAGCUGGCUCUUGGCCACAAUCUGUCGUUUUUGGUGAUUUCAACAACGACAGUCGACUAGAUAUCGUUGUCGCCAAUCAGGUUAGCAAUGAUGUGAGUGUCCUUCUUGGAAAAGGAAAUGGUUCUUUUGGAAAUGAAACAAGGUAUUCAGCUGGCUCUUUUCCACGAUCUGUAGCUGUUGGUGAUUUCAAUAACGACACUCGACUAGAUAUCGUUGUCGCCAAUUAUGGUAGCAAUGAUGUGAGUGUCCUUCUUGGAAAUGGAAAUGGUUCUUUUGAAAAUCAAAGAAGGUAUUCAACUAGCUUUGGGCCACAAUCUGUAGUUGUUGGUGAUUUCAACAAUGACACUCGACUAGAUAUCGUUGUCGCUAAUGGGAAUGGCAAUGAUGUGAGUGUCCUUCUUGGAAAUGGAAAUGGUUCUUUUGAAAAUCAAAUAAGUUAUUCAGCUGGCUCUUUUCCACAGUCUGUAGUUGUUGGUGAUUUCAACAAUGACACUCGACUAGAUAUCGUUGUCGCUAAUGGGAAUGGCAAUGAUGUGAGUGUCCUUCUUGGAGUUGGAAAUGGUUCUUUUGAAAAUCAAACAAGGUAUUCAGCUGGCUCUUUUCCACGAUCUGUAGUUGUUGGUGAUUUCAACAACGACACUCGACUAGAUAUCGUUGUCGCCAAUAUGGAUAGCGAUUAUGUGAGUAUCCUGCUGCAAUAUAAUAGAGGAGCGAUAGCAUAUAAAAUGGCGUAUGCAUCUGGCGGUGGAUCUAGCGUACAAAGCGUAGUGAUCGGGGAUUUGAACAACGAUACUAAUCUGGAUAUUGUCUUAGCUAAUUAUGGCACUAAUAAUAUCGGCGUCCUUGUCGGAUAUGGAAAUGGUAGUUUUGAAAACCAAAUGAUGUUCAGCACUGGCGCAAAUUCUCAUCCGAUUUCCAUUGCGAUUGGGGACUUCAAUGGCGACCGCGUAGUGGAUAUUGCUGUAGCCAAUCAUGGUACCAAGCAUGUAGAUAUGAUGCUUGGAAAUGAAAAUGGUGAAUUUGCAAUGCAAACAAGUUAUGAAAUUGGUUUUGAUUCACCUCCAAUAGUUAUGGCUGCUGGUGAUUUUAAUAAUGACAAACAAUCGGAGAUCGUGAUCGCUAACGGUGGAAGUAAUCAUUUGGAUAUCUUUGUUGCGUACAAUCAUGGUUCUUUUGAAGAUCAAAAAAGGUAUUCAGUUGGCUCUUAUCCACGAUCUGUAGUUGUUGGUGAUUUCAACAACGACAGUCGACUAGAUAUCGUUGUCGCCAAUUGGAAUAGCAAUGAUGUGAGUGUUCUUCUUGGAGUUGGAAAUGGUUCUUUUGAAAAUGAAAUAAGUUAUUCAGCUGGCUCUUCUCCACAAUCUGUAGUUGUUGGUGAUUUGAACAACGACAGACGACUAGAUAUCGUUGUCGCCAAUUGGAAUAGCAAUGAUGUGAGUGUCCUUCUUGGAGUUGGAAAUGGUUCUUUUGAAAAUCAAAUAAGAUAUUCAGUUGGCUAUUAUCCAGGAUCUGUAGUUGUUGGUGAUUUCAACAACGACAGUCGACUAGAUAUCGUUGUCGCCAAUUGGGGUAACAAUGAUGUGAGUGUCCUUCUUGGAAAUGGAAAUGGUUCUUUUGAAGAUCAAAAAAGGUAUUCAGCUGGCUCUUAUCCACGAUCAGUAACUGUUGGUGAUUUCAAUAACGACAGUCGACUAGAUAUUGUUGUCGCCAAUGAGAUUAGCAAUGAUGUGAGUGUCCUUCUUGGAGUUGAAAAUGGUUCUUUUGAAAAUCAAAGAAAGUAUUCAGCUGGCAUGGGGCCACAAUCUGUAGUUGUUGACAAUUUCAACAAUGACACUCGACUAGAUAUCAUUGUCGUCAAUUGGGGUAGCCAUGAUGUGAGUGUCCUUCUUGGAAAUGGAAAUGGUUCUUUUGAAAAUGAAAUAAGGUAUGCAGUUGGCUUUUAUCCAGAAUCUGUAGUUGUUGGUGAUUUCAACAAUGACACUCGACUAGAUAUCGUUGUCACCAAUUCGAAAAGCAAUGAUGUGAGUGUCCUUCUUGGAAAUGGAAAUGGGUCUUUUGAAAAUCAAACAAGGUAUUCAGUUGGCUCUUAUCCACGAUCUGUAGUUGUUGGUGAUUUCAACAAUGACACUCGACUGGAUAUCGUUGUCACCAAUUCGAAUAGCAAUGAUAUGAGUGUCCUUCUUGGCUAUAAAAAUAUAGUUUUUGUAAAGCAAAUGAUACUGAUAACUGGAAAUGAUUCUCGACCACAAUCUUUAGUAAUUAGCGAUUUUAAUAAUGAUGGGCUGAUGGAUAUCGGCGUCGUCAAUUCACUUACUCACAAUAUUGGUAUUUUUCUUGGAUAUGGUAAUAUAUCUUUUACAAAUCAAGUAAUAUAUUCCACUGACCCAUAUUUAUCUCCAUGCUCUCUGGCUGUUGGUGAUUUCAACAAUGAUACUCGAGUGGAUAUUGCUUUUGGUAGUUGUCACUCGAAUAAUGUUGGCAUUUUGCUUGGAUGUGGCAACGGAUCUUUUGGAGAUCUAAUGGCGUAUUCAACAGGUUCAAAUUCGUCUCGAUACUCUUUAGCUGUAAGUGAUAUUAACAACGACACUAUACAAGAUAUUAUCGUCGCAAAUCAUGAUGCCAAUUAUCUAGGCGUACUUCUUGGACAUGGCAAUGGCACAUUUGCAAGUAUCAUCUUAUUUCCGUUGGACUAUGGAUCCAAUCCAUUCUCUAUUGUCGUUGGAGACUUCAACAAUGACAGAAAACUAGAUAUUGCCGUCGCUAAUAGUGGUACUGACAGUUUAAAUAUUCUCUUGCAGACUUGUUAG